CCUAAAUGAAACGCACAGGUUUCUUCUUCUGCUCUCAUCAGCAGUUUGAAAGAAAAAAAAACCUCCGGCCUCCGUUUUUCAUCUCAUUUCCGGCGAUUCUCUCAUUUUCCUCCAUUUUCAGCGAAUCCUCUCAUUUUCCGGCAUCCCCAUCUUCAUCACCGGCGGUUCCUCCCUUUUUGUGGCGUUUUUCAUCUUCUCCUCUGCUCAACAGCCGCUGCCACCACCUGCCGUCGCCUGCCACCACCUGCCGCCGCCUGCCACCGGCCAGUCACAAUAGCGGCCCGAGAUUCCUUAUUGUUCCUUUGUAUCUGUUGCGGUUCUGCUCUACAACAAGUAUGAGGGGUCGAGGCUCAGGCGGAGGCUCAGGCCGAGGAUCAGGCCGAGGAUCAGGCCGAGGACGGGGGGACCCUACCGAGCCCGUAGAGGAGCAGCAUCGUGAGGAGGCUGGAGGACCUGUUCAGCCUUUGCAGGAGCGUGAGGCAGGCGAGCCCCCGGCCAUUUUGGACAACCAGGGUAGGGCGAUGGUUCGUCCGGACCCUAGCAGGACAAUGUUGCUGGACUCUGGGCCUGUUUCUCGGGCUAUCCGGGAUAUUUUCAGGCAGUGCUGGUUCGAGACUGGAUCAGCAUGGCGCUUUCUGACAGCGGACCAGAGGGAGUUCUAUUUUCAGGAAUUUCAGAAGAAGUUCUGGUGGGAUGACUCUGCGUACAGCGAGGAGGUAAUCAGACGGGUCUUCAUGACCCAUGCAGCCACCCGGUACAAAGACAACAUCCACAAGAUGAGGAAAAUGCAAAAGAAGCAUACAUCUGUGAAUCAGGAGAUCUGGGAAGCCUGGAAUGCAUUUUGGGACACAGAGAAGGAGAAAAAGAAGUCAGAGACAGCUCGGGCAAACCGGAUGAGUGAGCCUGCGGGCCCCGGUUCUGGUCCUGUCCGCCAUACCGGAGGAUCUCGCUCUGCUAUCAAGCAUAUGGAUGUGAUGGCUAAGGAGCUCGGCCGGAAGCCGAGUGCGACAGAGCUGUACAGUCGCCUUCAUAAAACGAAGGCUGAGAAGAAACCAGUCGACAAGAGGGCUCAGGAUAUGACUGACGCCAUCGCUGAGAGGCUUGCUGCUGCGACACAGUCGCCGACCGGAGAGGGGAGCACCUCGAGUCCUGUGGAUGAGACGCAUAUAUUUAUGGAUAUCGAGGGCGUCAACAAGAAGCAUCGGGUGUACGGCCUGGGUUCGGCUACCAGCAGAUAUGUAGGCCCGAGUAUCAGACCGCAGAGAGGCAGCUCUUCACGGACAUCACAGCAGACGGAUGAGGAGGUCGAGCGCCGUGUGCAGGCCGGCAUCCAGGAGGGCCUGCGGCAGGUUGAGCAGCGGUUGGCGGCGCAGCAGGCCAGCAUGGCACAAAUGAUACGUGAUGAGAUUGCACGGAUGAUGCCGAAUCUCCCACCAGAGUAUCAGCCACAAUUUCCCCCUCCUCCGCCAGACGGUGGCGAUACUACAGAUUUGUAG